GUGCAGCUCCACCUCUGCGUGCGCGUCCCCCUUGUCACCCUUCGCGUGGUGCUGCUUCCAUAUUGCUGCAGCCUAAAGCAUAUAUUGGAAAUUUAAAGAGAUACCAUCACGAUUUGUUAAUGUUCUAAACAGUAAUCAUUUUGCACCACAGCCUGAAAGGCAGUGCGGUAACCUUUCUGUUUGGGUGAUCAGCCGUUAGAAAGAUCACGGGGGAAGUCUUGUGUGCAUUGGAAAUGGCUACUCAGGUGGAGACUCUUCUUCCGAACAACCCCCUUAUGCAAACGGACGAGCACGGUUUGUCGAAUAAAAUGAAAAGCCCAGAAAAUCGAGUGAAAGAUGAUUCGAGUUUGGAUAAAGGAGACGGCAAACCCAAGACGUCUGACUUACAGCAAAACGAAACACAGGCAGGGUGUAGACAACCAAAUCGAAAACAGCAGAAAGAGGACAGUAACAACCAAGAGAAGGAAAACAUUCAAAAAGAAAAUGACAAGGGGAGUGGCGGACACAAGCCGGUAGAAGGUGGCCAGCCAGCAAUAACUAAGAAGGAAUUUAUAGAAGCACCCCCACCCAAGGUGAAUCCUUGGACUAAAAAUACGGUGGCUAUGGCUACUAUGAAUGGACAAACCUUCCCAGAACAUACUGUUGCUGCAAAAGUGGUAAAAGCAGGACACUCAAGACAAAGGAGAGGAGGCAAGGUUGGAGAUUUUGGUGAUGCUACCAACUGGCCAACCCCAGGAGAAAUUGCACACAAGACUACACAGCAUUCCCACAAGCCACAGUUCACCAAAAAGACACCUGGUAAAAAAGAUAUGAAGGAGCAAGAACAAGUGGACAGCAGUGAAAGCAAAGAGAACCUUAGAACAAAGUCAGAUGAGUCUGGAGAGGAGAAAAAUGGUGAAGAUGAUUCCACAAAGUCUUCUCAAAAGAAAAAAGGCAACAAGCAUAGGUGGGUUCCUCUCCCAAUAGAAGUAAAACCUGAAAGCUUGAGAGAGAAAACAACACCUAGAAAUAAUCGGCAGAAUGAACAGCAUCGACAUCCUAUGAACAGCAGAAAUGAGAUGAAAGCUUGGCAACAGGAGAACAAGUAUGACCGUGAAUGGAGAGAAGAUCAUGAUGAAAUUUGUAGUGUGAAAAGUGAAGGUGGUGCUGUUCGAGGAGGGUUCAGAGGACGGGGUCGAGGCCGAGGGCGUGGAAGGGGACGAGGCAGAGGAGCAAUUCGCUCUCACUUUGACUACCAGUAUGGCUACAGAAAAUUUGAUGGCAGUGAUGCACAGAGGCAGCCUAAGUUUAACAACAUCACCUACUACUUUGACAAUAUUAGUAGCACGGAACUGUAUUCUGUGGAUCAGGAAUUGCUGAAAGAGUAUAUCAAAAGGCAAAUUGAGUACUACUUCAGCAUUGAUAACCUGGAGAGGGAUAUUUUCUUGCGAAGGAAGAUGGAUGCUGAUGGAUUCCUUCCCAUUUCUCUUAUAGCUGGUUUCCACAGGGUCAAAGCACUGACUACAGACCUCAAUCUUAUUUUUCAAGCACUAAAAGACAGCAGUGUAGUGGAAAUAGAGGAUCAGAAGAUACGAAAACGUGAAGAGCCAAAGAAAUGGCCCCUGCCUGGUCCUUUAUUGGCUGAGGUUUCACAGACUGACUUCUCACGACUCUUGAACUGCCCAGAGUUUGUACCAAGGCAGAAGGACAGCUACGAGAAGGAGACCGAGUCUGCUCCUGGAUCUCCUCGUGCAUCGAGGCCAAUGGUGACAAAGAACGAAGAAGCCAGUAAUCUUAAGAGUAUGCCCAAGGGCCUGUCUGCUAGCCUGCCUGAUUUGGAUUCAGACACAUGGAUUGAAGUCAAGAAAAGGCCCAGGCCAUCUCCUUCUAAGCAGAAGAAACCUGAAGAACCAAAGCAGCAUCAGCAGCAGAAACAAAAGGACCAGGAUGAACCAGAAGAACUAGAUUUUAUGUUUGAUGAAGAAAUGGAACAGAUAGAUGGGCGACGGAACACUUUCACAGACUGGUCAGAUGACGAUUCAGACUAUGAAAUAGAUGAUAGAGAUGUAAAUAAAAUCCUGAUUGUGACACAGACCCCACCUUAUCUGCGCAAACACCCUGGUGGGGAUCGGACAGGAAACCAUAUUUCUAGGGCUAAACUGACAUCUGAACUGGCUAAAGUAAUCAAUGAUGGGUUGUACUACUAUGAACAGGACCUCUGGAAUGAGCAGUAUGAGCCAGAGUAUUCACAGAUAAAGCAAGAAGUUGAGAACUUCAAAAAAGUAAACAUGAUAAGCCGAGAACAAUUUGACACUUUAACUCCAGAACCACCCAUUGAUCCAAAUCAAGAAGUACCCCCAGGACCUCCAAAACUUCAGCAAGUUGCUACAGAUGCUUUGGCCAAUAAACUGUUUGGGGCCCCAGAACCUUCUGCUAUGGCUCGCUCAUUACCAACAACUGUGCCAGAGUCACCUAACUAUCGCAAUGCCAGAACCCCUCGAACUCCUCGCACUCCACGUCUCAAGGAUCCCACGCUGACCCCUAGGUUUUAUCCCGUUGUUAAAGAAGGACGGACAAUAGAUUCUAAGACACCCCGGAAAAGAAAAACAAGACACAGCUCAAAUCCUCCACUGGAAUGUCAUGUUGGUUGGGUAAUGGAUUCCAAAGAACAUAGACCAAGAACAGCUUCUGUCAGUUCUAAUGCAAGUCCCUCUGAAAGUACCUCUGUGCUUGGAAAUUAUGGCUGCACACCACAGUCUCUUCCAAAGUUCCAGCAUCCUUCCCAUGAACUGCUUAGAGAGAAUGGAUUUACACAGCAUGUAUACCACAAGUACCGAAGGCGUUGUCUAAAUGAGAGGAAGAGAUUAGGCAUUGGUCAAUCUCAAGAGAUGAACACACUUUUUCGAUUCUGGUCUUUUUUCAUCCGCGAUCAUUUCAACAAAAAAAUGUAUGAAGAAUUUAGACAGCUGGCUGUGGAAGAUGCAAAGGAAGGGUACAGGUAUGGUUUGGAGUGCCUUUUCAGAUACUACAGUUACGGAUUAGAAAAGAAGUUCCGGGCAGAAAUAUUCAAAGAUUUUCAGGAAGAAACUGUGAAGGACUACGAAGCUGGUCAGCUGUAUGGACUAGAAAAGUUUUGGGCUUUUCUGAAGUAUUCCAAGUCGAAAAACAUGGAAAUAGAUCCCAAAUUGCAAGAGUAUCUUGGCAAAUUCAAACGCCUUGAAGAUUUCAGAGUAGACCCUCCAAUGAGUGAAGAAAGUACUCACAGGAGAAACCCAUCAUCUGGAGAAGGAAAACGGUGGCACCCAUCACAGUCUUCCAACAAAUCUGUCAGCCAUUCUGUUUCUAGCCAAGCUCAGUCUUCUGUCCAGCCUAAUAAAGAGGAUGCCAAAAGUCUGACCCAGCAAGAUGCUGCUAUAACAAGCACAGAAUGCACUGCAUCACAGAAAUAAACAUUUGGGUUUCAACUUCCUGAUUUUUGGGUGGAGGAAGGAGUCCAACAGAAGGCUGCUUAUGGAAAAUGACAUGCAAAUUUCUUUCUAAUUUGACAAUAGGUCAGAUUGUCCAGCUGAUGCCAUCUUUCUUUUCUACAGUUUUUCUUCAGUGGCUUCUUUCAAACAUCUUGUUUGAAUGCUCCUUUUCAACAUAUCUUUGAGCCUCAGGUUUAUCCAAGGAAAGAUUGCUCUGUGCAAAUAAAUGACUUGGCCUUAUCACUAGGGAAGAAACUGCAUUUCUAGGAGCCAAGAUUUUUUUCUUCAAGGUGACAAGGAUGUGUCAUCUUGGAAGUUUCUCACAAAACAGGACUACUAGUUUCCAUAGAUACAAAGUGGAUAACCAAAUAAGCAAUUGUUAGGGAAAUGGAACUUCAAGGAGCAAGUACUUUUUCCUCCACCCUUCAUUUUUUAUACCUGUCAUGCAAAAUGAGAAUGUCAACCAAAGGACCUUUUACAGCCAGGUCUUUAAAACUGUGAACUUGGCUGUUGUACAGCUUCCACUCAGCAAGUUGUGUUGGAAACAUUUUGUCCAUAAUCUGGUAAUUCUAAUCUUGAAACCGAACAUUUAAAAAUACUGUGCAAAUUUCUAAAGAAUAUUUGACUCAAAAUUUAUUUUAGUUGGGAGAGCAGGAUUCUUUCAUUUGAGAAGUUGCCUUACUGCAGUGUGGGAACUUUAAACUGUUCACUUCUCCUGCUGACGUCCCUGUUCCGCACUGCACAGUGAUGAAGUUGUUUCUGUAUGCUCCAGUAAGCAAAGUUUGUAUCUGGCCUGUUAGAUUCGCUGGAUAUUUUGUAUUUAUCUCUACGGACUUGAGACGAACUACUGGUGAGCUUACUCUGACUCUCUCUUUUUCUCUAUCAAGAGAAAUCUAUAAAGAUUGUAGAUAAUAUAAAUUUACUUUGGGGGGUGCUACCAUAUAUUCUCUUUCCUCUGACAGCAAGCUGGGGUUAGUGGACUGUUCAAUAACACCAGAGAAGAGUAUGCAGAUGCUUUUUUUCAUUUUGACCUUGACUUGCCAUGAACAGCUGAUUAUUGUUGCUGUACUUGUUGAUCGCAGAACUGUCUAACUGGAAGUUAUUCUUUUUAUAGCUACACCCUUUACUUGAGUUUCAGUUAAUGGGGCAUGUAGUCCACUUAACCAAAGUUUUGGGUGAGGGAAAAGUUUAAUUUACUUUGGUUUCCCAAAAUAUGUCCAGUUGUCAUAAUUUAUGCAGAUGUUUCUCUGAAUAGCACUGUGAGUACCACAAUGAUCAAUUUGUAUCUGUAGAAUGUAGCUGCUCUUUUUCCAUUUUAACCCUGUUUUCCCCUUCCUAGCUUUUCGUCUGAUGCAAGUGAGCUCUUCAUAUGUUUGAGAAGGGAGAUUGUGCCUAGUUCUGACCUACUGAGUAGGCUGCUUACCAUCUUUGGGGACCCUGUAUACAUAUGUAUAUGUUUUCAUUUUUAAGCAUGCAAGGAUUGAAUCUUGCUGUAGUAUGGUGAAAUUAAGUAAGCAUUUUUCACUGCGAUUACCAAACUGAAGUACACACUACAGGUGUCGUUAUUAAAGUGGAAGCCUCAAAUACCUCAAAAAAUUACCCCUCCCCUUUGAAAAAAAAACUGUCUUCUUCCAGUGCUGCUUGCUGUCUUAUUUUGAAAGUUCCACCACCAACUAAAAUGGUUUACUGGUAUGAUUUAGAAAUGUUUAUUUUUAUUUAUUUUUUUCUUGGAAAGCCAAGUUAUCAAGUUUCCAGUGUAAGAAUGUUCCCAAGUUGAAAAUAACAUUAAGAAUCAAUUCUGUAUUGAGGAAGAACUAGAUUUUUAAUUUGUUUGAUCUGAGGAGAGGGAGCUUUUUCACAAAAAUGAAUGGUGCCCCCAUAUUUAUUGAUUGCAAGUUUGUGUACAACACCUUUUCUUGUUGAAAAGGCAGGGAAAUGUUAAAAGGUGCACAAAAUUCAAUGCCUUCUGUUAAUGCAAAACUUAAUUCAGAGUAUAAAUUCUGGAAAAUGUCUGUAGAGGUAUCUGAGUCAACAAGGUAGAGGAAUUCAAAAGGAUUGUUCUGUCAAAAAGCUGUAUUAGAGCAGGUAUCUGUGUACAUCAUUAAGAAUCAUUGCUGCUGGAGUAAAAACAUGUGUUGGAACUGUCUGCUGAAGUUAUUUUCCCAGUUUUUGCCUAGAUUACUUAAUACUUGAAUGUCCUCCAGUGUAAGACCAUAGUUCUGAGUUGUGGCUGAUUGAGGGCAGCCCAGCCAUAAAAGAGCACUGCCUGCAUGCCUAACUUUAAUUCUUUUUUUUGUCACCUGAAGUAAGUCUCUGCAGUGGCAUUGAAGUGCCAUUGUGUCACAGGCUUUUUCUCCAGAAAUUUGGUAUAUAAAAAAAAAUUUACUCUGCAUUCCUACUUCAGGUG